GACUACGACGACGACGACCUAUUGCCAUUCAUACCGGUCGGGCAACACGACGCGUAUCGCACCGCAUCGCGCACACUUGCACGCGCAUACCGUGAGGCGAGCACACGUGAUCGGCGAAAUUUUUUUGUCGAAAAAUCACAAUUUUCGAACGUUACACCGCACCCACCGCCGAUAUCGCGCCGAGCGUGUAUUUACGCGCGCGUCCUGUUUGAUAACACUAUAUAUAUAUAUAUAUAUAUUAUAUUACAGACGACGUGGUUGGUAUAAUAUAUUGUUUUCGUUUCGGAUAUUUUCUCGACGAACAAAUUCAAACCAUGGUUCUGAUCAGUUUCGUCGUACUUGGAUUGUCCUGCAGCUUUGCUUUGGCGGCCCCGUACAACAUACGGAACUUAAACGACGCCGUGUUCUCCAACCCACUAGGGACAAAACAGUGUACAGUUUCAGGAGUGCUUUAUAAUCACAGUCAAAAGAUACUGUUUACCGACCACUGUAAGGCGUGCAUUUGCAUCGACGGGCAGAUAUUUUGCUAUUGGCAAUGCGACGACACGGCCCCUGCAGACACAAUGGACGAAGAGGAGAUCGACGGCGAACCGCAGUCCACGUCCACGACGACAAACAUAAUUUCGACUACCUUCGAAACCGACGUGAGUUCGAAAUCGACAAACUUUGUACCGCACUCAAGCCCCUCGGACGUUUCGCAGACAACCGCCGUGACACCCAACGAUGACGCCGAGCCGUUUUGCCUCGUUAUGGGUGUCAGAUACAAGCCGGGCAGCGUUUUGCCGAGGGACGCGGGAUCCUGUCUGGAAUGCCAGUGCGGCCAAAACUCGCAGAUCGCGUGCAGCCCGAAGGACUGCAUAACGUUGAAUUCGUUGGCCGACGAGGACACUUCCGAACCGGAUUUCUACGGCAACAACAACGGCGAACAGAACAACGGAAAUUUCAACAUGGACAUGUUUGCCGUCAACGUCGUCUGAUGGAAACCGUAGGGGGAGCGAAAGAGAGAGAGAGAGAGAGAGAGAGAAAAUUAUUGAUAUUAAAUGAUGCGUUUUUUGCGAUUAAUAUGCGUUUUGUUUUACGAAAAAAGCUAUAAUAAUAUUAUUAUACCACCAUAUAUUGUAAUGCCCACCAAAACGUCUAUAUAAUAAUAAUGAUUAUAAUAUUAUGCCCUUAUUAUUUACUCAAAACAGUUAUGGUUUUUCGUCUCGGAGUUUUCGAUUUGAGUUUACGUAUAUACUAAGUAUUAAUAGCUAGUAGGUAUAUGGUUUGUUUUUUUUUCAUUUUUAACAGUGAAUAAUUGUCUUUCCGCCUACAGAGUAAUGUAUAAGUAAGAAAUCCCCGCAUUAAAUAAAAAUAACUAGCUGUAACCGUUUAAAAACAAAAAUUUCCUCGCCUAGACAUAAAGACGAGUUCCCCGGCGAAAUUCAUGGUUUUUCAUCGUUAAUGCUAGUGUCCAAUAACAGAAUUUAAUUUAAAUUUCGUUCGAAAUUUCAAACCCAAUAACCACAAAAAGUGCUUGUCUUGUUACUUUUUAUUCAAUAAAUUAAUAUAAUAUGAUAUUCUUGUACAUUAAACAUUUAAUAGUAGGUACGCACUAUUAUUACCUUUUAUAGUGGGUGGUAUAUCGCGUGACAGGUACAUUGGAAACUGAAUAUCGGAAAUGAUGAUCUUCUGAAACCUAUAUUAUGCCUUUCAGUACUCGCAAUUUAUGUAAAAACGAUAAUGUUGUUGUAUUAUUAUUUUUAUUUUUACAUCCAUAAAAACAACGACAAUUUGAAGCAGAUAAAAAAUAUACCAUCUCAAUACGCAGAGUAUAUGAAAGAAAGACAAGUCGCUUAGGAUAUCGCGGUAAUUUAUAUUAUGCCGUAGUAGACAUUGUGUGAUAAUAAUAAUGACCUGUACAUAAUGAGUAUUGUUCUAAUGUCGUUGUUUCGUUGUCCAUAUCAUAUUGUAUUGAAACUGAAAGAAAGUUUAACAUAUUCCUAGGUUAUAGACGUGUAGUACAAUAGGGAGGUGCAUAAAACAUUAGCGAUUCGUUCUUUGGAUCAGCCAUUUUUCGGAAUACCUUAUUCAGUUUUAUUAUUCUUAGUUUUAAAACUUAUACGUAACGAUCAUCCCGUUAAAUUAUCGAUCUCACAUUUAACUGUACAUACGUGUGAUGUUCGACUUACCGAUUUUCCGGCAUUAUAUUAUAGCCCUCCAUUCAAUAGUUGUCUUAUAUAGGUGCCAUAUUAAAUUGUACAUUUUAUCUUGAGCGACCCGGUCUUUCUGUCCCAUAUUGUUUUUCAUUACAACGCAAUAACUUAUCUCGACCACGUCAACAGACCACAGUAUUAUGAUAAACAAACUAUAAUAAUAUAAAUGCCUAUUUAGUAGCUAAUGACUGUGUUUAAUGACCCAGAUGUAUGUACAUAUGUUUUUUAUUUUUACAAAAUAUGUAAAUUUUCAUAUACAAACGAUAGUAUCUGACUAUUACAACGAGUAUUAAUUAUGAAUUAUUUAAAUAUUUUAAAGUUUAAACUAUCAAUUAAUAUAUUUUAUAUUGUUUAUUAGUAAGUUUGUAUUAUCUGUGUGAUUCACAAUAUCAUUAUUAUUUUCUAUUUUAUAAAUAAACGUAUGAUUUUUUUUUCCAAUUGUGCGCUGUGUAUACCAAAUAUUAUGAUAUUAUAAUAAGUCAUAAGUAGAAUAACAAUUUUUUUUUGUUAUUACUCAUAAGUUAUUUUAGUGUAGACAUUCUUAUUAAUUAUUCAUGAUUAAAUAACUAAAAUUUUCACUCAGACGAAAGGAUUUCAAGUCCAAAACCUAACUGUAAAGAAAACUCUAUAUUAAUACAUAACUUCUAUCUUGCAAAAAUAAAUUUUUUAUCGUCUGAAUUCACAUUUUUUAAACUAAUCUAUGACUCUUUCAUUAAACAUACAUUUGUAUAAUUACCCUUUUUAAAUAUUGUUAAAUAAUUAGAAAUUACUAUUAUUAUAAUUAAUAUUAUCUUAUACUAAAUUAUAAUUUAAGUACCUCAUAUCUGUAGUCAUAAUCGGUAUACUUAGAUGUGUACACAUACCUAUUAUAAUACAUAUCUACAUUAAGAUAUCAUAGUAUUUCUAAUAAAUAAAAAUGUAAUAGGUAACCUUACUUACCGAAAUUAUGGAAAUAAUAUAAUGUGUGCGUAAUCUGAAUAUUUAUAUUUUAUAUAAUUUACCAAUAUUAUUAGCGUACAUUGCCGGUUAUUAAUUUAUGUUACAUGUCUUCAAUAAAUAUUAUUAUACACUAUAAACCUUACUAUUCACCUCGAUUAUACCUCUGUUAUUAAAAUAACGCGGAGGCAUCAAUUAUAUUGUCGUCUAAUAAUUUAUCA